CUUCCCAAAUUUUGUUUUUCUUCAUUGACGAAAGUUUGGUCACUUUGUGAUAGUGAAUGUCUUUUAUCAGUUUUCAUGUAUCAUGAGCGUCAGCGUCUCUGCUUCAAUGAAAAUGAAUGAUGUCAGAUCGCUGGAGCAUCCUACAUUAAAGGUUCCGUAUGAAUUGUUGAACAAGAAGUUUCGUGCAGCUCAAAAACAAUUGGACCGCGAAGUCUCACAUGUUCAAGCAGCGGCUCUGGAGUUGGAGAAAGGACUGAAUGUUGAUGCUGUUGGAGCUGGAGAAAUUACACGAUUGUUAGGCGGUAUGGUGGAAAAACUUCAAGUCCUCAAGCGAAAGGCUGAGGAAAGCAUUUCUGAAGAGUUACAUGUUGGAAUGGUUUGUAAACGUAGAAUUGAACACUUGAAGCAACAUUGCGAUCCUGCUGUUGCUGCGCAAUGGAGAAGGCGGCGACUGGAUAGAAUGCUUGUUGAAUACUUUCUCCGGCGCGGUUAUUACCAAGCUGCCACACGUCUGGCACACACCAGUGAUCUCCAUGACCUCACAAAUAUUGAAAUAUUCAUGGUAAGCCGUGAAGUUGAAAAGUCCUUAUCUGAGCAUGAAACAGCUAAAUGCCUUGCUUGGUGUCAUGAUAAUAAAUCAAAAUUAAGGAAACUAAAAUCAACAAUGGAGUUCAACUUACGAGUCCAGGAGUUCAUCGAACUAGUACGAGCAGAUCGCCGUGUAGACGCUGUGAAACAUGCUCGCAAACAUUUUUCCAACUAUGAAGAAGAUCAACUGAAAGACAUUCAACACUGUAUGGCUUUGCUUGCUUUCCCUACAAAUACUGAAAUAGCUCCGUACAAAGAAAUGCUGAAUGAAUCCAGGUGGGACCAAUUAGUGGAGCAAUUUAGACGAGAAAAUUAUCGAUUGUUUCAAUUAGCAUCACAGUCUGUUUUCACCGUUGCACUCCAGGCUGGUUUAUCUGCUCUCAAAACUCCUCAGUGCUAUUCUGCAAGUAAAGAAAACCGCAACUCAAGUUGUCCUGUGUGCCAAGAGUGGUUGAACAUUUUAGCAAUGCCUCUGCCAUAUGCUCACUGCAGUCAGUCACGCCUCAUUUGUGCAAUAUCAGGACUCCCCCUCAAUGAAGACAAUCAACCGAUGGUUUUACCCAAUGGAUAUGUUUAUGGCGAGCAGGCCUUGAAGCAAAUGGCUCUAGAAAACAAUGGUCAAGUUAUCUGCCCGAAAACCAAAGAAAUUUUUCCCUACAAGAAAGUUGAAAAGGUGUAUGUCAUGUAAAGUCUCCGGCUCUCCUUGGUUCCAGAAGUUAGUAUUUUAUGAAGAGUUACCAGAUGCAUUUCUCCAAGUAGUAGAAGCAAAGACUUCGCAUGGAAUACCUGGGGAUUUUGCACCAGCAAAAUUUUGUUAGUUUUUGACGUGCUAUCAUUUAUGACCUCCUAAACUAUCAAACUUUCUCUGUGCGGAUCCUAAGAAAAUCUGGGCUGAAACGAUAACUUUUUUAUGCUUUUGCAUGGAUUUUACUUGCACAACUGUGUACGAUUUUGGAACAAGCCUUUGUUGAAAAUUGACGCGAUGCUGAAAUGCUUACUGCUGCCAUCUGUAAGAAUUUUGAUUCCUUUCGGCCAAGAAACACAACUAUGUUCAAGUAUGGGUUUGUCUCAUCUCCUCAGCCGGUGAGGAAUGAAGAGCUAUCCUUAAUCACCAAUCAGCUGUCGCAACAUUUAUUGCAAUUCAGAAAAUAUAUUUCAAAGUGCUGAAAAAGUAUCUUCUCAGCUCAGCUUUUCUCAAAAUUUGCAGUUUUAAAAGUUUGAAUUUAUAGCUUAUCAUGCUCAGAAGGUUUUAAAGAACAUCAUUUAAAAAAAUUAUGAAAUUUAUCUGGUGGCGAAUUUCUUUGUACUCCAGCCAGGUCUAAAUGCACAUGUAAGUAACAGAACUCCUUUUCCACCAGAGUCUGUGUUGCUUAGGCAAUAACAUGCGCCUUGCUUUAAUUCCAAAUAUGCACACCUGUACAUGGCCAGUUUUGCCGCAUCAAGACAGGUCCUGCUGGUUUGAAUCAAGUGAAAUUAGCCCAGGCAGAACUAUUUUGCCAGAAAUGUGGUUUUGCCACUAACUUACCAAGUGUCAUUGCACUCAGUUGAAUCUGAACAGUGUAAUCUUUUUCAGUAAGGUAUCAGCUUUUGACUCAUUUUGAAAUCAUGCCAUUUUUCAAAAUUAUCAGUGACCAUUUAUGACCAUGUCAGGGAAACAGAAACCAAGAGAAAAAUUUAGAGUAAGUGAGAUUACUAUACUCGUGCUGAAAGUGAAGCGUCUCCAUAGUUUAACAUAAAAUAUUGUGAAUUAUUGAGAGAAUAUAUAAAAAAUGGAUAUUGCCAGGAAAUGCAGUUGAUAUCAAUUUCAGCAAAAUGAUUUCUCUAGUAUUAAUAGUAUUGAUGAACGAAGAUGUUCAUUCUCAUGUCCUCAGAGUUUUAUGUUCAACUUAGAUUUAUCUUCAAAUUCUAUCAUGAUUAUUGCAAAAAGAGUAUCAAAAUUCAUAACAUUCCCUGAUGCAAAUGCUAACAGCCGGCACCGCUUACCUGAGUUUAGAUAGAGCUGGUGCUAUGGCUGUUUUUAAACUCAGUUCAUUCACAACUUUUAUUUAACUCCUUCAAUUGCUAAAUCCAACUUUACCUGAUCGUUCAGAGUGUGUUAGAAAGUGUUCAGCAGAAAAAAUAGAAUAUCAAUAAUUUUCACUCGAUUUGUCUGAGUUGAGUUUUACCCUUUUGUUGUACUAAAAAAUUAGGCUUCCUUUUAUUGUCUUCUUUUCACUGACUCCAUUGCUGCUAUUUGUAUCAUUUCUGCUUGAGGGAUUUCUUUAAUUUUGACAUGUUUGAGUUUGCACUCAUUUUGUUUUGCCAAUUAAAUUUUGCUUAUCAUUAUAUUUUCCAAUGCAAUGCUCUUAAUCCUGAAGAAUUUCAAGAGGAUCAUUCAGAUAUCCAUCUUAUUGCGUGUUGAGCAUUCCCACAACAUUAGUGUAAAUAAACAUUUAAUGGAAUGCCACUAGUUUUUAUGCGCUGAGUUUGGAUGAAAUUCACAGAUUCUCUGCAGUCUAAAACAAAAAUCAAUUUUACCAGAGGCAAUUUUUUUGCAAUAGAAUAAAUGAUCAUAUAAAUCUUUAAGUCCGAGAACUUGGACCUCGGAAGUAAUUAACUUUACAAUUAUUUGGUUUGCUGUUUACUCAAGGAUUUCAAAAAUUGAAUAUUAAUUAAAAUAAUGUCUUCACAUGAGAAUUGAUCUUCGAUCAUUCAGUUAAUAGAUAAAUUAAGUUCUAAUGUUAAACAGUAACCUCUCUUUAACCUCAAAUAAUGUUCAUAAUUUAAACUAAGUGGUAGUAAUGGUAUGAGGUACAAUGCAUUUUAUGUGCUCAACAUUGUCACAAGACAUAAAGUAGGAGAGUGAAGUAGCAACUCUAAAUUCAAAAUUGUAAAAAUAUAAAUAUGAUGAUUCUAAUAAUGUGAAUAUAGAAAACGGCUUGAAAAAGAAUAUGAGAGGCUGCCGCCUUUAAUUGAGCUGAUCCCCCUCCCUUCCAAGAAUUUGUAGACAAGUUCAUUCUACACAAGUUUUUCUCUUUUCCGGAACUCACCGUCAGGAAACUUUCGAGGCGCGAUUCCGCUGGGCGUUCGCUAGCCGAAUUUCGGCGGCGAAUUGGACGCAGCUCUGCUCCAAGAGCGGUGUUGUGUGCUAAUGUUAUAGGGCGGUCUGCUGGUCUACUCAUCCGCACGCCGAAAUUCGCCAAUGAACGCCCAGCGGAAUCGUGCCUUAUCAAUUACUAAAAAUUGUGUUUUUUGCACCUGAUCUUGUCCUCAAAGAUGUUUCUGCUAAGACAGCCCUUCCCAAUGUUGCUUAAAAAUUAUGCUUCUCUACUACUCUUUGUACUUAGUGUACUGCAUCAAUGUUGGUAUCGUCUGAAAAGAAAAAUAUGCCCAAUGACUUUGUCCAAAGAGUCAGCGAAAAAAAUCAGCUUGGUCAGAGGCGGCAGCUUCAUGAGUUCCCCCAUCAUCUUAAAACAUUUCAGUUGUAGAAAAAUUAUCACUGAGCGAAUUGGACAUGUUCUAUCAAACGGAACUAAGCGCCAUAGGGAGAGGAAGGGAGAGGAGGAUUGGCAGGUGUUGCGGAACGUGAUGCUCGUUCCGUCCUCUACUCGCAAUGCUUUUCCAUGGCAAUUAGCUCCGUUUCACAGAACGGGCUAUCCGAGAUUCUAAAGUCCUCAAAAGGAACUCAAAUUGGCGCUUAGUUCCGUUUAACAGAAAUACGUCCAAUUGUAGAAGAAAAAUGUCUCUGUCCGUUGCACUAAGAAUUUGUUACAUUUUCAAAGCAGGGAAAUAACCAUUUAUUUGACCAAGUAAUUAUUUCUAAUUGAAACUAUCCUUAUUGAUUUAUCUAUAUCAAUGAUCAAAAAUCUUUUUUGAUCUUACUGUUCAAGCCUUGUAAUAAAGAACUCCUGCUUUUUAGUCUUGUCUUAAGUCAGCUGCUUGAAAUAUCUUUUUAUUUUUUAUCUCAACUCUUGCUAUUUGUAAAUCUUUCAGUUAUAUUCUUCUUAUUUGUUUUGUAGUGUAAAUAAUAAAUAUGCAUAAAGUAAUUUAUUUUUUUGGAGAAAGAAA